GCAAGGGUCGCCGGAUUGGAGCUCGAUUCGCCCACUGCUCGAGAUCCUCGAUGCUCUGAAGACUCCAAAGCUCUGCGAGUGCGGCUGCCACUUGGAAAUCGGGAUGGCCUUCGUCCUAUCGAUGAUGGGCCCGAGUGCGCCAGGAGGAUCGCACCUCGUGGCCACUCUAGAAAUCUUUACUUCGGAUUCCCGGGGUCUGAUAUCUGCAUCUUCAUCUCCACAUUUUGCCGGCGGCAGAAGUUCGCUGUUCCGCCAUGUCUGUGGGAUCGAGCGCCGUGUUUCUGUCCAGGGGAUGAAGUGUGGGGCUGCUCGCGCGGCCGUGAGCAAGCAGAAAAAGAAGGCGAAGGUGCAAAAGCGCUCCGUCGCGGGAGACAAGCAGUGGAAAUUCGAUGAGCUGAUGCUGGUCUGGGACGAUGCGUUCCAGAAAUUCUGCGACGACUCGGGCAUAGCCUCCAGCCUUCUCUCGCUUUCGAGGGAAGGGUUGGUGCAGAAUGGCCGUGGGUGUAUCUUGAUGGAAGAGGCUGUCAACACCCGGUCGCGAGGUGCUGCCAGUGGUUUCAGUAACAAGUCUCGUUAUUCCUCCUCCGCUUCUCCUGAGCUCCCGUUUUAUGUUUCUUCGGGAUGGAAUGCCUGUUACGUUCCCUUGGAAUUCAUCAACGACCCGUUUAAAGCUCCCGAAUCGUCGGUCAAUUCAGUCACCUCUGUUGAGGAAGGCGAUUCAAUCAGUGUAGUCGACCAAGCGAAGUUACUGUCUGUUUUGAAAGGAAUGGAUAGAACAAGAUUGCAAGGGUUGUUGACAGAAAGAGGUCAAGGUCCAGAAGAUGCAGGUGGAGAGGAGCCCUACGAUCCAACGCAAGAUGAGGUGGUCAUCAUGUUUGCUGUGACAGUGGACGGACAACAAGCUGUAGGCGCAGAUGUCUUGAAAGCGUACCCUGCCGAAGGUAGUCUCGAGGGAAAAAACUUGUGGACAUUCCGACUAAGAGACGGAGACGGGAGUGACUUGAUUCCGUAGGGGCCAUUUCGUUAUCGAGACCAAGUUCGAAGCUUGUAGGGCCUGACAGUUCUCAAAUUGCUUCCAGUUGAAGGUCGAAAUGGGUAGAAUUUGAUGAGACAUAAUUUCUCGACUUCAACAUCCGAGUCUCAUUCCACUUCUUGUUCAAUGCUUUCAAGGCCAAGAGAUAUGAACUGAGCUUAAGUCCGAAUGUAGUACUGAUACUUUCAGGUCUGGAAACGUCAACAUCUUCUGGAGUAGAAGUCAGGCCAAACCUGGAUGUGCGAAGAGGUCGAUGUCGUUUGACUGUGAUGCUCUCAUUCUCUAAGAAUACACCAGACUCCUCUCAAGUGGUUGUAGUCUUUGUGAGUUUUACAUGAAGCAAUAUUGUCCUAUGCCCGAAAUUUACAACAUUUUGCCAGGCCAAGGUACUAAGUUCAGCUCGACGACUACUCCAUCUCAGUGCAUACAUCGUUCUUUAGCUGUGGCCAAACUCAGGCCAUUGAUACAGUUAGAGAAUCAGAAACUCACAUACUAAAUUAGCCUGUUCUUAUAUCAAAUAAGUUUAUAGCAUUGCAAAUGAGCACACUUGG